GUUGAAACCAAACUAUAAAAACCGCCUCCCGCUAUUUCUUCUCCUAUUAUCAUCUCUCUUCUAAAAACUCAACAUUCAACACACUCUCUGCUUCAUCUUUCAUGGAAACUCCCCGUCGGUCCUCUGUGAUCAUCGUCGGAGCCGGAAUCUCAGGAUUAACGGCGGCGAAGGUGUUAUCGGAGAAUGGAGUGGAUGAUGUGGUGAUAUUGGAGGCGGCUGAUAAGAUAGGCGGUAGGAUAAGGAAAGAGGAAUUCGGCGGAGUAGCGGCGGAACUCGGUGCCGGUUGGAUCGCCGGUGUCGGCGGUAAACAAUCUAAUCCUGUAUGGGAACUUGCACUUCAGUCUAAUCUCCGAACAUGCUUCUCCGAUUACAGUAAUGCUCGUUACAAUAUCUACGAUCACAGUGGGAAGAUAUUUCCGAGUGGAAUAGCGGCGGACUCGUAUAAGAAAGCGGUGGACUCAGCAAUUCAGAAACUCAGAAGCCAGGAAGGAAAUCAUAAUGAAGACACCGACGAUGCUGCUGAAACGCCGUCAACUCCAAAAACACCAAUAGAGCUGGCGAUUGAUUUCAUUCUUCAUGAUUUUGAAAUGGCAGAAGUUGAGCCAAUAUCAACCUAUGUAGAUUUUGGUGAAAGAGAAUUUCUGGUUGCUGAUGAAAGAGGAUAUGAACAUUUGCUUUAUAAAAUGGCAGAAAAUUUUCUUCUUACCUGUGAGGGUAAAAUUAUGGACAGUCGACUCAAGCUCAAUACGGUUGUUCGGGAAGUGCAGCACUCGAGAAACGGCGUCUUGGUGACAACAGAAGAUGGUUCCCUUUACGAAGCCAAUUAUGUCAUUUUGUCUGUUAGCAUUGGUGUUCUCCAAAGCGACCUCAUUUCAUUCUUACCCUCUUUACCCAGAUGGAAGAUGGAAGCCGUCAGAAACUUGGAUGUGAUGGUUUAUACAAAGAUCUUUCUCAAGUUCCCUAACAAGUUCUGGCCUUGUGAACCUGAAAAGGAGUUCUUCAUCUAUGCUCACGAGCGAAGAGGCUACUAUACGUUCUGGCAGCACAUGGAAAACGCUUAUCCGGGAUCCAAUAUGCUGGUGGUAACCCUGACAAAUGGUGAGUCAAAACGUGUGGAAGCUCAAUCUGAUCAAGACACAUUAAGAGAAGCAAUGGAAGUGUUAAGAAACAUGUUUGGGCCUGACAUUCCUGAUGCCACCGACAUAUUAGUCCCACGUUGGUGGAAUAACCGGUUCCAGCGUGGUAGCUACAGUAAUUACCCCAUAUAUGCAAAUCAUCAACUCGUCCAUGAUAUUAAGGAACCAGUGGGGCGGAUAUUUUUCACAGGAGAACACACAAGUGAAAAAUUUAGUGGCUAUGUCCAUGGAGGUUACCUUUCAGGUAUAGACACUAGCAAUGCUUUACUUGAGAAAAUGCGAAGGGAUGAUGGAAGGAAGAAUGAGAGUCAAGCGUUUCUGUUAGAACCAUUGCUAGCAUUAACAGGCUCUUUGACACUGACACAAGCUGAGACUGUAUCAAGUCUCCACAAAUGUGAUAUUCCGCGACAACUCUUCCUUAGUAACAGCAAAUUGGGACUUCCAGAGGCUAUCUUAUGAGACUAAAUGAACCUCUGCUGGAUAAAAUUUACGCUGACAGAUGUUGCUAUCCAUCCAACCACGGAUAAACUCGAUUUGCUGGAGGUCUGACAAAAAGACGGUACGAGUCCUUUGUUCUAUUAACAGAAAAAAGGAGCAAAGAAACUUGAGAGAAGGAUAUAGGGUAGUUUCCAGGAUAUUUAUUCUGAAAUUCUUCAUUGCAGAUACAUACAAUUGUUAUUAGGAGUAAAGUCAUAGAGAGGUAUGAUGCAGUAUUAAUGAUAUUUAACACAUGAAAAUUAAGUAAUAAGAUGACUGACCAUGUUUUCAAUUGAUUAUAAUUUCUAAUGUAAUCCUCAAGUUUGUAUAUGAAAACAUAACUUUGGUUCUUUUGGUUGUGUCCAA